UUGAUUACAAAUUGUAUUCUUACAUUUUAGAUUUAUAUACACUUAGAACACAGUGAACUCUACUCUGUAUACUUACACCAUAAGACAUGGCCAAUAAGGGACACUUUACAGACAGAAACACGAAUAUUCCAACUGCAGGGUUGUCCACUGUUGGUUUAGAUGGCGAGGGGGAUGUAAAAACUUGUUUAAGUAUCAGCAAUCCAGAGGAAUUAGCCCAGAGUCUGGUGAAAGCGAAAUGCGGUCAGAACAAGGAAAAAUUCGGUAGUGUUCCGUCGGGAUUUGUAAUUCCCAGCAGCAGCAUCAGGGAUUUGCUGACCAGCGAGCUGCAGAAAUCCCGCUUCAUGUCCUUCAAGGAGAAGUUCUAUGAGGAGAUGUACUUCAAGAAGCCCAACGUGGGUAAGGCCAAGCAGACUCUCUCCAAGCCGGACAGCGUGACCAACCUGAGCCAAACUUUCGGGAGUCCUUCGAGUCUAGCUCCUUCGGAAUCCCUUUAUACAGUCGUGAUGCCGACCAAGUCGGCGGAACAAGUCAAUAGAGAAUACGAGGCGUUCCAUGAUAAGUACAUCAUUAGCCACAACCACUACUUCCCUUCGGAACAGGUCAAUCGCAAAUAUACCCAACCAUUCGAUCCAAAAUCACCUUGUGGCGAUUUCCACAGUCUUGGCGACUUCGGACUUAAAGUAAAACGUUGUCUUGAGGAAGGUGGAAAUCACCUAAAGGUCAUUGGGAAGGCACAAGUAGACUUUAUGAAUCGAACCGAAGCUCCCUUGGGAACGAAAUUCAAAAAGUAUCCUUGUGCGGUUCCCGACAUAACUUUCGGAACCCCUCUGCGCAGCACCGGCGAUGUAAAGAUGCUUCUUAAUAACACCGUACCCUGCGAUAAAAACAACAGGCUGUUCGGCGCCAUCAGCUAUUUGAACAAGAAAAGACACAAUUUGAGAAAACCUCUUGACUAUCAUAUGCAUGAACUAAAAUCUUUGCUAGAAAGGAGCGAUAAGGACAAAACGGGCUAUUUGUCACUGAAAAGGAUUAUGGAAAUUUUAGCAUAUUUCCACAUUCGUCUGGAUUUUGAAAAAAUCCGUGUUGCGCUCUCCCAUUUUCAGAUGAUAAGAGACGAGGGUUGUGCCACGGAGCGAGUAAAUUACGUGGACUUCUUCCGACUUCUUUCCCUUAAUAAGCCACUGCCAAGAACAGGACAUAUGAGUAAUGUUUCCGAUUCCAGUUCGAUGGAAACCACAUAUCGUUUACUCUGCGAUGAUCGUAACAAGAAGCGCAAAAAUGAUCCGAUAGUCAUCAAUCAGAAGUUAAAAGAAGAUAUAACGUGUGUAAAGGACCUCGUAACACCGGAUAUAUCCAUUUUACGUGGCCUAAAUCCCAGUGACUUCUCCCGUUUGCGGCCCAAGGUGGAAAUCGAACGUAUUUUCAGAAGUCUCCUCCCUAAGGAUAAGUUCGAGGCUAUUUGGCAAAAUCUUAUGAUUGAGUACAAGGACCAGAAUGAAAUGGCUUCCGUCAUUCAGUUUCGUACCGAGAUGCACAAUAAAAUAGAAACCGCAUAAAAUGUUUAAAAAUAUAAAAAA